AUGUCAGAGUGUAAAAAAGAGGAGGGCAUGAAAUUUGACAUCCUCAAGGCUGUCGCAGGCGAUGGAGCAACGGCGAGGCUGGGCAGGCUUGUCCUGCCUAAACGACAGGCGGUCGAGACACCAAACUUCUUCACGAUAACCUCGAGGGGAGUCGUUCCACACCUGACGCCAGAUACAAUCGCCAGAUACUGUCAAUUUCCGGGAGCUUAUCUGGCUAUGGAAGACUCUGCGGCCAAGAUACCAGCCCAGGAUGGCAAGCGCCUUCAUGCCUUCACGGCCCUCCCAUCCUCCAGCAUCACCAUUCUCGGACCACGCCGGACGCCCGCGGUCAAGGCGAGCAUAGGGAACAGUGACACCUUUAUCCAGAUCUUCACGUCCAACGGCUUCCAACCUCUCACCAACCCCUCCUACAUCGCCUCCAUCACGAACCUUAAGCCAGACAUCGCCAUCCCUUUGGCAGAUAUGCACUACGUCGCCGCCGCGAUAACAUCGCCUCAGGCAAAGGGCGUAAGGAGGAUGUGCGAGCGCACCGAGGACUGGAUGAGCGAGCUACACAAGUCCCUCGACCUGGCCGAUUUGCGCGCGUCCAACACGUCUAUCUUCGCGCCCACUUUGCCUGCUCCGCACUCCGUCCAGUGGGAGUACCUCGGCCGUCUCUCAGGCGAUCUCCUCGACAAGCUGUCUGGCCUGGCCGUCUACGACGUCGACAUCCUGCCUGACCUGUCUAGCUACCCUUCCCUCCUCCCCUUGCCCCGUCUCUCCCUCGAUGUGCCCCUGAAUCCCCACGAGAUCCUCCGCCAGGUUUCUCUUGGCAUCGAUAUCUUCCUCGUCCCCUUCCUAAACGCCGUAUCUGACGCUGGCGUGGCCAUGUCCUUCACCUUUCCCCCUCCCCCCGCCGCCCCCCAGGGAGAAACCACCACCACCACAGCAGACGGCACAGACCUCCUCCCUCUAGGUAUCGACCUCACAGAAGCAGAACACGCCACUGCUCUCGCACCUCUCACGGAAGGCUGCACCUGCCACGCCUGCACCACCCACCACCGCGCUUACCUGCACCACCUCCUCAACGCGCGCGAGAUGCUCGCCUGGACCCUCUUACAGCUCCACAACCACCACAUCAUGACCCAGUUCUUCAACGGCGUGCGAACCUCGCUCGCCGCGGGCGCGGAACAGUUCGAAGAGGACUGCAGGGCAUUUGGGCGGGCGUAUGAGCCGAGCCUGCCCGUGGGGAUGGGCACGCGGCCCAGGGCGAGAGGGUACCAUUUCAAGAGCGGGCAUGCGGCCGAGCGGCGGAAUAAGGUUACGUGGAAGCUGCUGCAGGAGGGGCAGACGACGAAGCAGGGGAUGGAGGAUGUGGUGGCGGUUCUGGAAGAGAAGCUGGCGAGGGAUCAGAUGGAGACACCGGUCGUGCCGGGGGACGAGGUGGAUGCGGCGGAGUUGGUGAGGGAGGGCUUGGGGCAGGUUGAUAUCGAGAGGAGGGAGUGAGUGAGAAGAAGGGGUAGGAAACGAUAAGCUCGAUAAACUCCAUAUCAAUUCUGAUUUUAGGGUUGUUAACGGUUCAUAUACCAAAAGGAACAAAAUAAACAACAU